GGCAUCUCUCAGCAACUUGGCGUGGUCCCGGGGCUGAGCACGGCUUGUUGGCUAGCUUGUGCUGGCUGGGUUCGCUUGCAGUCUCGUGCGCCUGGGGUCUCCCCGCCAAAUGGCGGGUCUAACCCUGUUUGUGGGCCGCCUCCCGCCCUCGGCCCGCAGUGAGCAGCUGGAGGAGCUCUUCAGCCAGGUGGGGCCGGUGAAGCAGUGCUUCGUGGUGACUGAGAAAGGGAGUAAGACAUGUCGAGGCUUUGGCUAUGUCACGUUUUCUAUGGUGGAAGAUGUUCAGAGGGCCCUCAAGGAGAUUACUACCUUUGAAGGUUGCAAGAUCAAUGUGACUGUUGCCAAGAGAAAACUGAGGAACAAAUCGAAGGAAAAGGGGAAAAAUGAAAAUUCAGCGUCCCCAGAGAAGGAGCUGGAGCCUAAAAGAGUCAAAAUGGCAGAUAAGAAAGCCAGAUUAAUUAUUCGGAACCUGAGCUUUAAGUGUUCAGAAAAUGACCUGAAGACAAUAUUUGCUCAAUUUGGAGCUGUCGUGGAAGUAAACAUCCCCAGGAAGCCAGAUGGAAAGAUGCGUGGCUUUGCUUUUGUGCAGUUCAAGAACCUCCUAGAAGCAGGAAAAGCUCUCAAAGGCAUGAACAUGAAAGAGAUAAAAGGGCGGACAGUAGCUGUGGAUUGGGCCGUGGCGAAGGAUAAAUAUAAAGACACACAGUCUGCCUCUGCCUCAGGUAAGAUGAAGAGCCUAGAACCUAAUCAUCAGGAAUCAGGUAAAGAGACUCACAGGGAGGAAGAGGAUAUAGAAGAGGAAGAGGAUGAUGAUGAUGAUGAUAUUGAGGUUGAUGGUGAUGUUGAUAGUGAAGAUGAAGAGGAGGAAGAGGAUAAAGAAUCAAAGGUGACCAAGUCUGUGAAAAUUCAGAAGAGAACAGUCAAGAGAGUGGCAGCUGCAGAAAGCAGUGAAGAAGAUCAUUCUGAUGAGGACAGUGACCUGGAGGAGAAUAUUGAUGGUGGAGAGGAACUGGCUCAGAGUGAUACAGAUAUUGAAGAGCAAGAGGACGAAGAUGCACGAGUCUCAAAGAAAAAGAAGAGGAAAUUACCCUCUGAUGUAAAUGAAGGGAAAACUGUUUUUAUCAGAAACCUGUCCUUUGACUCAGAGGAAGAAGAACUUGGGGAGCUCCUCCAGCAAUUUGGAGAUCUCAAAUAUGUUCUCAUUGUCCUGCAUCCAGACACAGAGCACUCUAAAGGUUGUGCAUUUGCCCAGUUUAUGACUCAAGAAGCAGCUCAGAAAUGCCUUGCAGCUGCUUCUCCGGACACUGAGGGUGGUGGGCUUAAACUGGAUGGCCGGCAGCUAAAGGUUGACUUGGCAGUGACCCGUGAUGAAGCUGCAAAGCUUCGGACGAAGAAGGUGAAGAAGCCUACUGGAACCCGGAACCUCUAUUUGGCCAGAGAAGGCUUGAUUCGUGCUGGGACGAAGGCUGCAGAGGGUGUGAGUGCUGCUGAUAUGGCCAAAAGAGAACGGUUUGAGCUACUGAAGCAUCAGAAACUCAAGGAUCAGAAUAUCUUUGUCUCUCGAACCAGGCUCUGCCUGCACAAUCUUCCAAAGACUGUGGAUGACAGACAGCUCAGAAAACUGCUGCUGAAUGCCACUAGAGGGGAGAAAGGUGUGCACAUCAAGGAGUGUAGGGUGAUGCGAGAUCUUAAAGGAGUUCAUGGGAAAGUUAAGGGGCAGUCCCUGAGCUAUGCCUUUGUAGAUUUCCAGGAGCACGAGCACGCUUUGACAGCCCUACGCCACAUCAACAACAAUCCAGAAAUCUUUGGGCCUCAGAAGAGACCAAUAGUGGAGUUCUCUUUGGAAGAUCGAAGAAAACUUAAAAUGAAGGAACUAAGGAUCCAACGCAGCCUGCAAAAAAUGAAAUCAAAAUCUGCAACUGGUGAGCCCCAGAAGGAGCAGCCUAAGCCUAGGGAAGACCAACAGCAGAAGGCAGCCCAAAACCACCCACGGGGGAAAAGCAAGGCCUCCCCAGAGCAGAAGGGGAAGAUGGGCUCCACCUUAUGGACAGGGUUCCAGACCAAGGCUGAAGUGGAGCAAGUGGAGCUGCCUGAUGGAAAGAAAAGAAGAAAGGUCCUGGUGCUCCCCUCACACCGAGGCCCCAAAAUCAGGUUGCGGGACAAAGGCAAAGCAAAAUGUCUCCCUCCCAUAAAGCCAAAGCCCCAGAUAAACCAAUGGAAGGAAGAGAGACAGAAAUUAUCUUCCAAGCAGGUACCAAGGAAAAAAGUGAAGGGAAAUAAGACAGAAAUCCGCUUCAACCAGCUAGUCGAACAGUAUAAGCAGAAAUUACUGGGACCUUCUAAAGGAUCUCCUCUUGUAAAGAGGAGCAAAUGGUUUGAUAAUUGAUGCCAGCAAAUUGGGUAAGAAGCUGGAUUGUGUGCUUCUUGGUAAAGCUCCCAGGCUGGUUCCCCUCCUUAUGUCUUUUACUGAGGGAAGGAAAUCCCUGAGUGUACUGCUACUUUAUGAGGAGGCUCCCUGAGCUCUGCUGACCUGAGUUUAGUUUCUCCUCCGGUGGGUGGUUAGUUAACUGCAAAGAGAAGUGUCAGAAAAACAUCCUGAUACUUCUUGUAUAUUAUCCAAAUUAUUGUGUGAAAUUAUAUUUAUAGUUCCAUUUUUAUUCUUUCUCAGGUACAAAUAAUUGUAAAAAUCAUUCUCGAGUGCUGAGUUUUUAAGAUAUAUAUUUUGAUAAGCAUCUAAAGGAGGUAUUUUGUGGCUUUUUGAAUAAUAGAUAAUCUCUCAUUUCUAAUGUAUGUGAAUCCUUUAUUGUUUAUGAGCUUUUUAACAUUCCUAACUCUGAUUCAGUUACAUAGUCCUAUAUACUGUGAGCUAAGAGCAGAGGAAAAUGAUUCCCAACCUAAUCUCUAAAGGUUGAGGGAGAAACUUGGGAAAUAAUGGAAGGCAGUGGAGCCUGUCAAAGAGCAAAGACUGAUAAUUGAAUUGUUUGCUGGAUGAGUGGAUAAUUGUUAGUAGAUAUCUAGAAAUCAGUUUAUAGUGGCUCACAGACACUAGCCUGGCUGGCAGUAACCUGCACUUUCUAUCAUAGAGCACUUCCUCAUGAGGACUUGGUAAGGUAGAAGGAGUGGUGGAAAAAGCAGUGAGAAUGAAGCCUAGCUUCUAGCCUAACCUGCCCUUACCUAAUGGGUGGUCUUGAGCCACAGAGUUUCAAUGAGUCUUAGUUUCCUCUUCUACAGAAUAAGGGGUUUGACUAAAUGUUCCCUCAGGUCCUACCCAGCUUUACUCACUUUCUAAUUUUUCCUGUUCCUAUUCCUGUUACUUCUCUUCUUAACCUAAUAGAGGGUAGAGGUAUUUGUUGCUUUUCAAAUUUUAGAGGUGUCAUGAACACUUCAGGAGGGUCAAGGUUCAAAAAGAUCAUGAUAUCCUGGAGGAAUGGGCUGAAUCCAAUAAGGUGAAGAUCUUUGGGGACAAAUAUAUAAUCCUGCACUUGGGUCCAAAAACCCCACUACACAAGCUCUGGUAGGAGCGUUUGAGUAAAUUGAAUUUGUGACCACCACAAAUGUAAUAGGGCUAUUAGGCUAUAUUAGAAACGUGAUGUUUCAAAGGAGUGAGCUGAUAGUCCUCUGAGCUGGCCAGAGCACACCUGUAAGACAAAUGGCAGGACCAAGUUGGUGAAGGAAAUCAAAGUAGGGUGUCAGGUGGAAACAGGAUUUGUCAUGAAUUAAACAUUCUUGAAGCUUCCAUGCAUAAAUGGAAGUUUGUUAUGCUAUUCUACUUUUGUGAGCUUUUAAAUUCUCCAUAAUAAAAAGUUAAAAAAGAAGACAGAUGAGUGACUGAAGGAAACUGGUCCUGACUUGCCUGAGAAGGGAAUUCUUGCUGUAUAAUAGCUGUUGGUAGAGCCCAGAAGGGUAAAUAAAGGCAGGUGAAUAAAAGCCACAAGGAAUCCAAUUUUGGCUGAGUAUAAGGAAGAAAUUUUGAAUGUAGCUGGCAGAGGAGUGAGGGUCUCGUCUCUGGAGCAGUUCGAGUGUAGAUGUGGUAAAUGCAUGGUAUUGUCCAAGGGAUUCCAGUACCAAGAGGGUGGACUAGAGAAGGUGAUAGGGUUGGGUCAACUCAUUAAUGUUUGGCUCCAAGAUGACCUGCAGUUAUGCUUCAUGUCCCUUCCUGAGUCUCUGGGACCCCUUUCUAGAGAACAUCAGAUUCUCUGUGUAGUACUCUUCAGACAGUUGAUCCUCAUUAAGUCUGUUCCCUGGUUCAGAUGGCUUAGGCCUGCUUCAAACCCUAUAGUGGUAUCUCAUCUCACUUUGAAAUCUCAAUUCCUUCCUGUCUGGUGCAGUGCCCUAAGUUCUGCAGUCCUGUCCACCUUUCCUUUCUCCCUUCUAUCCAGUCUCCCUUUCAUGCAUUUUUUGCUAUGCUGAUCUUCCUUCAAUUCUUUUGAUUCCUUACCACUUCAGAGCCUUUGUAUCUUUUCCAUGUGCCAGGAGAGAUUUUCCCAUGGACCUUUUGCUUAUCACACAGAUCUCCCCUGAGCUGUCACUGCCUCCUGGAGCAAUUCCUUGACCAUCUAAAGGAGGGCUUCUCUUUCCCCUCCCCUCUAUCCUGUUCCUGUCCCCAACUACCAUCACUGAAUUUUGUUACCUUGUUUAUUUUCUUUUUGUUUGUCUCCUCCAGUUAGAAUGUAUGCUUGUGAGAGGGACUUUAUCUUGUUCACUGAUGUAGCUGUAGCAUCUAGUACUGAGCCUGGCACAUAGUAGGUAUUGAGUAAAUAUCUUUUUUUAAUGCAGUUUUAUUGAGAUACAUUCACAUACCAUAUAAUCACCCAAAGUGUACAAUCAGUUGUUCACAGUAUCAUCA